UAUAAUACUAAGCACAGAGCCACUAGAUUAGUCUGUGAGGGAAGGACAUGCCGCUUCCUUCCCUUCAAUAGUGGGUUCUACCCAGCUGGCACCCUCUGAAACUACGGGAACAACAUUCUUCAAGAGGAGCCCACUCCACCCAAACCAGGAGCACAGUGUUCUCAGGAUCUCAGCAGAGAGGGACAGACCAAGGUUACUUCUGACUUCUUGCCGCCUUCUGCAAUCCCAGGCUUGCAGCCCCCUCUCUGGGACCCUGCCUUCCCAGAAACAAAUCAUCAUAGUGAUAACUUGCUUUCAUCUUCCAUACACCAGCUAAGCAUGUUUAACUACGAACGUCCAAAACACUUCAUCCAGUCCCAGAACCCAUGUGGCUCCAGGCUGCAGCCUCCUGGACCGGAAACCUCCAGCCUCUCCAGCCAGACCAAACAGUCUUCCAUUAUUAUCCAGCCCCGACAGUGCACAGAGCAAAGAUUUUCUGCCUCCUCAACAGUGAGCUCUCACAUCACCAUGUCCUCCUCCGCUUUUCCUGCUUCCCAACAGCCUGCGGGCUCCAACCCAGGCCAAAGGGUUACAGCCACCUAUAACCAGUCACCGGCCAGCUUCCUCAGCUCCAUAUUACCGUCACACCCUGAUUACAGUAGCAGUAAAAUCCCUUCUGCUGUGAACGCCAACUAUCAACAACCCUCAGUUGGCCAACCUGUAAAUGCUAAGCCAGCCCAAACUGCAAAUGCUAAGCCCACACCAAGGACUCCUGACCAUGAAAUACAAGGAUCCAAAGAAGCUUUGAUUCAGGAUUUGGAGAGAAAGCUGAAAUGCAAGGAAGCCAUUCUGCAUAAUGGAAAUCAACGGCUGACGUAUGAGGAGAAGAUGGCUCGCAGAUUGCUCGGACCACAGAAUGCAGCUGCUGUGUUUCAGUCUCAGAGCAGUGAUGCACCAGAUUCACCACAGCAGCACAACUCAGAACACGCACGACUGCAAGUUCCCACAGCACAAGUAAGAAGUAGAUCAUCCUCGAGAGGAGAUGUGAAUGAUCAGGAUGCAAUCCAGGAGAAAUUUUACCCACCACGUUUCAUUCAAGUGCCAGAAAACAUGUCAAUUGAAGAAGGAAGAUUCUGCAGAAUGGACUUCAAAGUGAGCGGACUGCCAGCCCCUGAUGUGUCAUGGUAUCUAAAUGGAAGGCCAGUGCAGUCCGACGAGCUGCACAAAAUGAUAGUCUCUGAGAAGGGCUUUCACUCUCUCAUCUUCGAAGUGGUCAGAACCUCAGACGCAGGGGCUUACGUGUGCAUGGCCAAGAACAGAGCGGGAGAGGCCACCUUCACUGUGCAGCUGGACGUCCUCGCAAAAGAACAUAAAAGGGCACCAAUGUUUAUCUACAAACCACAGAGCAAAAAGGUUUUUGAGGGAGAGUCAGUGAAACUAGAAUGUCAGAUCUCAGCAAUACCUCCACCAAAGCUUUUCUGGAAAAGAAAUAAUGAAAUGGUGCAAUUCAACACCGACCGAAUAAGCUUGUAUCACGAUAACACGGGAAGAGUUACUUUACUGAUAAAAGAUGUAAACAAGAAAGAUGCGGGGUGGUACACCGUGUCUGCAGUCAAUGAAGCUGGUGUGACCACAUGUAACACAAGAUUAGAUGUUACGGCCCGUCCAAACCAGACUCUUCCAGCUCCUAAGAAGUUGCGUGUUCGACCAACUUUCAGCAAGUACUUAGCGCUGAAUGGAAGAGGGCUGGAUGUGAAACAAGCCUUCAACCCCGAAGGAGAGUUUCAGCGUCUGGCAGCUCAGUCUGGACUCUAUGAAAGUGAAGAACUUUAAUUACUUUACCCACACUGGAAAACAACAACUAUGCUAUUAGUAGUACAUUUGAUGAUGUUUUAAAAAUAAAUCCAUAGCUGUAUUAACAGAUUAUGGCUUUCACUAGGUAAUAUAACUAAUACACAUUUAUAUUAUAUAUCCUCUGACUCUUGCACAUUCUAUUUACUUCUCUGAUUUGCGCAGCCUACAGUUAGCAUGAGUACAUGGAUUUAUGUUGUGGAAGAGUAUCUUAAAUUGUGGGAUCAUAGGAUGUAAGUCAUACACAUUUAACAAUUGCAAGUUAUGAAUUAAUAACUGAAGCACCUCUAAUGCUCUAAUGCUUGCAAUAAGAUUUCCUGGUACUGCUCUCUAUGUACUGUUUUACCUGUUUUCUUGUAGGAAUACUAACACGAUAUAAAUUAUCUGAGUGGCCCAUAGUUUCAUGUCAAAAGAGAAUAAAAUUGCAACAGUUAAAACAGACCGUCUCCUCUUCAUAAGAGUAUAGACCUUUUACAAGAAAACUUCUGGGUUUUAUAUAUUAAACAACACUCAGCAAAACCUAGGAAUAACAUCUAAAAGGGGCAACAAUAUUGUUUUCUAGGACAGUGUGAUAUUCUCAGCUUAGUAAACUCCUGAACCUGAGAGACUUUCUGUCGCAACAGUUCCCAUCACAGCUAAAUUUCUCUUGAAUUUGUGAUUUUUUUUUUUUGUUAACCAAAAAGGUCUCUAAAUCUCGAAGAUCUAUUUGAGUUCAGUGGAAUAAAAUUAAGCCUC